CAAGUAUGAUUAAUCCUUCAAUUCAUUAAAAUCAUCAUCGUAUAUAUAUAUUUACCUGUCCUACGCCAUUGGAAUCGACCCAUUCAUUCACUCACACACCUUUCUCUCACUAUAAUGGGACGCCAUUCUUGCUGUCUGAAGCAGAAACUAAGGAAAGGCCUCUGGUCGCCGGAGGAAGACGAAAAGCUCUUCAAUUACAUCACUAGAUUCGGCGUUGGCUGCUGGAGUUCUGUCCCAAAACUUGCUGGUUUGCAGAGAUGUGGGAAGAGCUGUCGGCUGCGGUGGAUUAACUACUUGAGGCCUGAUUUGAAGCGAGGAAUGUUCUCCCAACAAGAAGAGGAUCUCAUUAUAAGUCUCCACGAAGUGUUGGGAAACAGAUGGGCACAAAUUGCGGCGCAGUUACCAGGAAGAACAGACAAUGAAAUCAAGAAUUUUUGGAAUUCAAGUUUGAAAAAGAAGCUAAUGAAGCAAGGAAUUGAUCCGAACACUCACAAACCUUUGAUCAAAGAGAUUAAAGAGAAGAAAAUCUUCGAAGACAAGGAAUUCACCCAAAUCCCACCGGUUCCAGGACUUUCCGGCGGCAUCUCCGCCAUACCCACUCAAAAUCCAGCAUUUCUCAUCGGCGGUGCUGAGUACUACGACGGCGGAAUGACGGCGCCGCCACACCGUGACCAUUUCUUAAACAAACAAGCCCUUGAUUCCCUCUGUUUUUUCGAGUUCCAAACAGGGCUAGACUCGAAUUUCGGGUUCAAUUCAGUGCCGAGUUUGACAAAUUCCGACCAUGGGAGCUUGUCGGGGACAGAAUUCUCCGACAAUUCUGGAGGAUUCUACAUGAACAACAACAACAACAACAGAGUGGAUAAUUCGACACUUUGUUCGUGGGAAAACGAGAAUAAAUUGGAGAGUUUUUUCCAGAUUCAUGUGGAUAAUCAUAAUAAUGUGGUGAAGUCCGAGGAAUUGAAGACAGUAACAGGAAGUUCAGUGGUUGAUGGGCAGCUGAUUCAGAGUCGAAGCUCAGUAGAUUUCAGUAGCUAUCCAUUAACGUCACUGACACAAGCCAUUGUUGGAGGCAACUUUGAUGUCUUCCACCAUUUGUGAACUAAUUGUACAUUCAAUCCUUCUCUCUCUUAAAAAAUACACACAGAUGUUGAUAGUAAUAGGGAUUUCCCAAGAGAAAAAAAAAAAAGGUUUGAUUUUUUUUUUUCUUUUUCCUUUUUGUUCUUGUAAUUCUCUUCUAUUUUCCACUUCUUUUGUUAUAUUUUGAUUUUAUGAUGAGUUGAAAUAAUGUGAAAGAGUGAAUCUUUGAUUUCUA